AUGGCCGCCCGUCUCCCCGCCAGCUUCAUCGGAAGCCUCCUCGCUCGCUCUACUCCUCGCCAGGCCUGCCGCUUCACCCGCAGCGCCGUCACCACCCCAAGAUGGUCCCAGCAGCUCCCCAGCAAGUCCAUCAGGGCAUACUCCUCCGAGGCCGCCCCGGCGCCCGCUCCUCUCUAUGCUAAGCUGAAGGGUGACCUCAAGACCGCCAUGCGCGCCAAGGAUGCUCCUCGCCUGGCCGUUUUGCGCGCCGUUCUUGCCGCCGUCCUCAACGCCAGCAAGACCUCCCAGCCGAUUGAGACCGACGCCCAGCUCGUUGCCCUCCUCCGCAAGACCUCCCGUGCCACCCAGGAGGCUGCCGACCAAUUCCGUGCCGCCGGCCGUGGCGACCUUGUCGAAAAGGAGGAGUCGCAGAUCCGUGUCCUUGAGGAAUACAUUGCCGGUAGCGGCGUCCAGUCUGUUGACGAGGCGGAGCUCAAGGAUAUGGUCUUGGCGGUUCAGUCGGAGCUGGCGGCCGAGGGCGUCGAUGCCAAGAUGGGCGAGGUUAUGAAGAAGCUUCUAGGUCCAGGCGGACGUCUCGAUGGCAAGGAUGUCGAGAAGACCACUGUUGCCAAGAUUGUCAAGGAGGUUAUGGGCUCCAAGGCUUGA